GAUGCCUACAAGAAGUUUAUCAAGACGAUCAAGGAUGCGAAGCUCAAGGCCAAACCAUCUGUGCCGGCUUAUCGCCUGAAAACUUUUGUGCUCAACUCGUUGUCAUUCGGACUUGCGCAGCACAGAGAACGAGUCUACAUCUUGGGUGUGCGCCAGAGUGCUUCCGGGUUGAAAAGGCCUUUGCCAAAAAAUCCCACCCCGAAGAUCAGCAAGAAGCCUGAGCUCGCAAAGUUCCUGCGUCCUCUGACAGUUUCUCCUGGGGAUCGUCAGUUGAAGAGCAAGACAGCGAAGAAGAAUUUCAGGUGGGCUUCAAAGACAUACACGGGAGCUUCGGAGGCAGUGGUUGACUGUGGUGCUGGCAAAGAGUUCAGACAAGUGCGUGAGGGAGCGACACCAACCAUCACUCGAGCACGGGGGGCAUCCAGAUCGGUCUUUUUGCUCAAGGAGCGUCGGUACUUAACCCUCCAUGAGCUUGAGCUCUUGCAGGGCUUCAAGAAGAUCAAUUGGCCCAAGGGGAUCCCCAAGACAAAGCGUGGUGCUAUGAUCGGGAACGCCAUGAGCGUGCCAGUGCUUGCAGCAGCGAUGAGAGCGGUAUCCGCCGCCUGGGAGCGGAUCAUGGCCCAUGAUGCAUUCCGUGGCAUUGUUGGUGAAUCUCCGCUCAGCUUGAAGAGUGGCGGCCUCUGCCAGCCCGUUGACUACGAUGUCAUGGCAAGAAAGAUGGAAGCUUCUGAGGACUAUUUGGCUGGCAUCAACGCUGCCUGGGUCAGGUACCUCAUGAACGCUACAUUCCGAGAACCUGCUCCUUUGACUUUGGAGCUCGCUGUCGAGGAGGCCUCAUCAUGGCCAGGAAAGCACAAUGGGAUGCUGCGGAGAUGUUCACCUGAAGAAGAACACCAUGCAUUUGUGCUGUCGACAGACAGGGACCUUUCAGUUGGAAAGAACGUGGAGGGUUGGGUGGCCGCUUGGAAGUCCUGUGUUGCUAGGAUGGUGAAGAUCACGUCCUAUGAGGCCAUCUUUUGGCAGGCAGCAAAGGCUCGGGAGCGAAUCGGUGAGCAGUUUGACUGCCUCUACUAUUCGACAUUGCAGCGCAUCUUCCAUUUGGUACAAUGGAGAAGCGAGGAAGAGUCCCGUGCGGGACACAAACUGACUGCAGGUCAGUUGUGGGCUGCAUUCAACUCCAACCUGACGGUCACCCAUGGAGAGAAGAUCACCGAGAGCUAUUCGAAGCUGGCAAUUCAAAUCCACGACAACCUCCUGACGAACGCCAGCAUUCGCUCCCUUCUAUUGAGCAGCGAGCAGUGGUUUGGAAAGAAGGGGCCGCUUGACUCUCUUUACAAAUUGGAAGCCAUUUCCCAGAUCGCACGCAGCCCUGCACACGUUGAGUUUGUGCUUUCCGGCCUCUUUGACCAUGUGGUGAACAAAGUGAUCCGGAUUGGGGAUGUGUCGGUCUCGGCUUUGAGCGGCCGUAAGUCAGCUGUUGGCAAGGGGCUUGUCCACAUGUACAUCUUCAAGUACGAAGCCAAGCGGCGCCUCUUCGCUCACGUGGAUGAGUCAGGGCUGGUUAGCUUUGAGGAUUUGGAAACUCUCAAGAAGGUGCUCCAUGAUCCUGCCAGCUAUCGAGCACACACUGGAGGGCGUCCUUUUGGCAAGUCUCCAGACUUGAAGGAGGGCCAUCUGGAUCCCAGCACAGCGCAGGUGGCUGCAUCGGACAUGACUUGGCUAGGAGCGCUUUCGCCAGUGGCCCAGCAUGCCUUCAAGUUCAUCUCUGACUUCAUCUAUGGGACAACCUAUGACGCAGCUAUCAGGAAUGGGCUCCGAUACAACCACAAAAUCGAUGAUGUCUUGAAACAUCAAGAUGUGGAGCCAGAGUGGAAGAAAGUCAUCUCACCUGAAGACAGCAAGGAGAAUGAAACCAAACCGCAGGAUCUCUCUGAGGAGCAAAAGUUGGAGAGCAGUGACUUCGCUAUGAUCUUGAGAAUGCAGCCACCUGGGGCAGAAGAGAAGAUCCUUGGCAUGGAGAAGCAAGAGCAAGACAUCUUGAAGGAUGCUCAGAAGGACGACGCUCAGGACUUGGUGCAGCGUUCUUUGUUCACUGUGGACGGCAAUGGCAGUCUGGUGUCGCUGGCCAAAAAUCUUCGUGGCUGUUCCUUUGCGUCGCUGAAAGGUGAUGUUGAGAAGAGCACACUGCACAUCUACAAUGUGGACGCAUCUGGGGAGAACGCCAAUGGCCGAAGGUUUCUUUUCUUGGAUUCCGGCAGAGAAGGGCUCUGGGGGCACUUCAACUCAGCAUUCCCUGGCAAGAUCUUGGCCAAAAAGUUUUACAUCAAUUAUACCCAGCAGUCGGUCAAGAAAUGGCGCGACGAACGCUGUCCGAGCGGAAGCUCGCUUGGUCGAGGAGUGCUCAACCUUUCCUGCCUCGAGGCUUGUUUGAUCGCCGCAGGGAAGAAUUUGCCCUCCAUCAUUGGCAAUCGCGACAACAAGUACCAUGGUGGAUCAUGUGAAGUCAACGUGAUCAGUGGAGUGUCGAAGGUGAACCCGUCAGCUUUGACAAAGAUAGCCACGAGCGUAAAGCUCUCAAUGUUGGCUGACAGCCAAGUGAAAGAUUCUGCCCGAUCCAGGGCGACGGCUCGCGAUGACGGACACGAUCGUGAGCCCAUGGCAUGGGCCCCGUUGGGACAUGGAUUGAUGAGCGAGUUGGUCCACCGCUUUCGACCAAAAAGUGUCACACUCUUUUGCGCCAGUGACCCGGUGGAGAUCCUGCCCAUUUUGGAAUGCAAGAUUCCAGUGGUUGCCUUCUGCCAUUCAGAUGAGCAUGCCACCUGGUUCCACAAGGUUGCCUCGAGCUGUGUGUUCAAGUCCUUCAUCAAUCCGCAGAGCAAGCUGUACAAACCAGAAGUUGCAAAGCUUCUUGUGAGCGAGGAUGGUGAAGGUGGCUGUGAGGAGGAGGACCGGCCUUCCAAUGAAGAUGGUGGUAAGGGAAGGGGCGCCGGCGGAGGCCGCGGUCGCGGUCGUCCAAAAGGACGUGGGCGCCCAAAGAACCCCAAAGAUCAGGAGGACAAUGAAAACGAUGAUGAUGGCAAUGAAGAUGACGACGAGGAUGAGGAAGGACAACUGAGCGAAGAAGCAAACUCGGAGUAG